UGGCGUUUUCGGUCCAAACCGUCCAAAAUUUGACAACAAAAUUUCGUCGUGCGUUCCGUGCGCUCUCAAAAUUUAAAAUUUCACUUGCUUUAAACCAUCUAUGGGUUGUUUCGGUGGCGGCAGUAAAACGAAAAACGUCCAACCGGCCAAGCCGCCAAAAUGUAAAAAGAAGCCCAAAAAAGCCUGGACCCAGGACGAGUGGAAGGUUCACGGCAAGUACCUGAGCGGACUUUCCGAACCGAAGAAAGAUUAUGCCAAGGAGAUGGCCCUGAGGGAAAGGCGCUACAAAGUCCCCAUAGGACUCUUGAAGCCUGGAAUCCAAAAACUCUCGAGACCCAAACAACCGACGAUGAAAAUGCACACCUGUAAUCUUCCAAGGGACAAGUGCCACUGUCAUGCGGCCGAUCCAUUGACCAAAGUUUCGGAACAAGCUAAGAUGUAUGAGGCCAGUCAUCGGAUAAAACUGCUGAGCCAGCCAAAGCUCGAUUAUCAUGAAGUGUACCGGUGUUUUCCGAUGAAGCGGGUUGCCUGUAUGGAUCGACGAGUUUUGAGUUCCGGGGAAAUGCAUCAGGUGAAACCUAUGAUUCUACCCAGGUGCCAAAAUCUCUGCACCUACAACAGUGAUAGUCCGUACUCGGUCAAGCCGGAAGCUCUCUAUGCCAAGGCCUCACGUCGGACCAGGGAACUUGCCCAACCCAAGGCCUUGAUAACCGAAUGUCCCACGUAAAUAGAUUAACUAUUUGUUGAGUUGUAAAAUUUUCGAUGAGAUAUUCCCCCCUUGUGACGAA